AUGUCAGCUCAGCAAGCGAUCCCACCUGAGCUUCUCAAUUACGAUCAAGGUGCCCCUCUGGUGAUUGUCAGUUCUGUAGCCAUCCCAUUUGCCCUUGCCGUUGUAGUAGUGAGAGUAUGGGCACGGCAUCGGAAGCAGAUGCGCAUUGGCAUUGAUGACUGGUUUAUCCUAGUCUCGUUGUGUUUGGUCUUGACCGAGUUCGUAUACGGAGCUGUUCUCUGCACCAUCAAAGGCAGCAUUCUCCUCAUGUAUUACCGAAUCUUUCCAACUCGAUCGAUGAAGUUUGGAGGUUACAUCCUUGGCGGAAUCACAUUUGCCUGGUGGAUUGCCUGCGUCUUUACGACCAUCUUCCAAUGCUCACCUAUUGAUAAGGCCUGGAAGCCCUUUAUGCAACAAGGUCAAUGCAUUGACAAGAACAAGUUCUUCAUCGGCAACUCGAUUCCCAAUAUUAUCGUGGAUGCGAUGAUGAUUGGACUGCCCGUAUUCGAGGUUUCCAAGGUCCAAGUCCCGCGAUCACAGAAAAUUGCCAUUGCUGGAAUCUUUCUACUUGGAGGGCUCAUUGUGAUCAUCAGUUGUAUCCGCUUGAAAUUCAUCGUCAGCCUUCUCCAAGCAGGUCCGACUGCAGACUUUACCAAGCUUAUUUCGGCACCCUGGAUCUGGACAGUCAUUGAACCAACUGUUGGGUUACUCUGCGCCUGCUUACCGACCAUGCAACCACUCCUUUACUUGCUCUUCGGUCGUUUCAUCACCAAAGCCACCCAAGACCGUAGCAAGGAGGGCAUUGUCACCAUUGGUGGCAGCGGUGCCAAACAGGCGACGCCUAAAAAGGACGGACCUUUCCGAAGACUCCAUGACAACGAUUCCGCUGAGGAACCCGUCUUGUGGCCAGAGGCAUACUACAAUCAGCAGAACACGGUGGUCGAGACUGCAAAAGGUGGCACUGUGGAAACUAUCCCGUUAGGUGCUAUUAAAGUCAACAAAGACAUGAGAUGGGAAGAAUCGUAA